GUGAGAGCGUUGCUGUAGUCAAACAUGACAGUCAUGGCGCUUUAAAAUCCAGAAUUAUUAAACUUUAAGACUUAAAGGACAUAUGUUAAAAAAAAAUCUGCACGGGGAAUAAUUUCCGAGUCUACGUACAGUUUAUGGUCUACAAGCGUGAGUAACUUGGCCGAAGUUACUGUACAGACAAGUAUACUUGGCGUUAUCAUCUGACAUGAAAUCCAGAAACUCUGUGAUGACAAGGCCGAAUGCCUCCCAACCAGCAUUACCUACAGAGGGGAAGGCAUCCUUCAGUCAAUCUCGCCCCAAGGCCUUCCCUAACAAAAACAACAAAUCGAGUUUGAUUCCUGUGCGUUCCCACCAGCAAGACAAUCAAAAAGCGCACAUGCCUGAGAAACGUGAGGAGCAAUGGACUGCCAAAAAUAAACCUAUGCUAUCUUCAAGGGCUCAGAAAUGUACUGUUUCCUCUCAACACGAACUGCAUCAGGAUUCUGUAGCGGCAAAGUACAUCAAUCGCUUUCGCUAUGGACAGCCGAUGAGUCGAGAGGAGCGGCAGGGGAUGUCCUCCGUCACCGAAGGGGAUAAAAUGCCUUUUUGGUGGAUGUCUUCCUCAUCUUUACCACCCAGUUCCACACCCACUAAAACGUCAUCCAAAGAUGACCACAGACGAGACAUCUCCAGUCCAGUAAGACGUCAACUAGAUGAUGACUUCAAUUCCUCAUCGUGUAGAGGAGACUACAAUAUGGAUACAUAUGUUUUGUCUGACACUUCUCAGAGUGAAUUUGAGGACACCGAGCUACUUCACCUUCAAGAAAAGGCCAGCAGACUUCUGCAGAGAGGUGACAGUAUUCUCAGGGAUGGAUUGACACCUGUCAGUUCAGAUGGUCUGGGAAGAUCAGACCUCUCUUUUCCCAUCAAUAUAGCUGAGCCAAUGUACAGACCUUUGAUUAACACCACAUUAACAUCUGCGAUUGCACCCCCUACGCGCCCAGAAGAGGAUAUCCUUUUCCAGUGGCGUCUACGAAGAAAGAUGGAACAGGCCAACGAGCAGUGUCAGUCUAAUCAACACUCUGAACUUCUGACCUCCACUCUCCACGCCGGUCUACACUUGUCCUCAGUGAAUGGGCAGCCUUCCAAGCAACAGCAAAUUAUUCAGUGCCCCGAACCCACACAAGAAGCUAUUCCCCAGGCAGAAACCAAAGAAGUACAUGGACAUCUCCCCUCAGCUGCAUUUCCUGUGUCUGAUUCUUCAGUCUUCCAUCCACAGUCCCUUCCACAUGUUCCUGCACAUAUGCAUCUCCUCUGUGAUCUGCUUCCUUGUCCUUCUUGGUCUCCCGGUAGCAUGUUGCAAGGAAAUUCACACAAGCUAGAAGAGACCUCACCCAAAGAAACACAAAUCUCCAUAAACACUUACAUGGACGAGCCUGCUCAUAGACACAUUCCAUCGCCACCUCCUGCUCCUUCUACACCUAUAGAAGUGGGUUGGAUUUGUAGGCCUACGAAUGAAGGCCAUCUUUGUAGACCUGUAGAAACAGGAAGUCAUUCUAUUUCUAUAGGUAGCUGCCCUUCAAGACCUAUUGAAGAAAGUUGUCCUGCUACACCUUUAGAAGGUGGCAAUCCUUCUCGACUGAUAGGAGAGAGACAUUCUAGGCCCAGAGAAGGAGGUUGUCUUGAUAACUAUGGAAUGACUGAAAUGGCACAUAAAGAAAAAGCCCAGACAAAGCAAUUAGGAGAAAGUCAGAAGAAGACAGAGGGGACUGUCAGAAAGCAGAAGAAGUUGGCAAGAUGUCCUAAACCCAGUGAACAUACUGACGGGUCUAGCUCCGUAAGCAAGAGUUCUGCACAUCAGAAACCUCCAAAAAAGAACAGGUCACGAAUGGAAAAGCAGCAGCAGCAGCAGGAGAGACACAAAGAAAAAGGCAAUCAUACGCCACCGUUUUCUCCGGUUCAGCACGCCUUAGGACAGGUUGUUUCAGAGGUCCUGUUCCCACCAACGGAUUCUUCUCCUGCACAAGUUGCAGCUGUCCCAUCCCGUCCAACAUCUCCUCAAUCCUCAAUUCCUCCUUGCAACACACACAACUCCUCUUUGGAGGUCAUGUCCCAGCUGCUCCAAGAGGCCGAAGAUUCAGAUGAGAAAGAGUUUGAAGAUGAUCCUUUACUACAAGUCCUACGCACACAGAGAAAAUGGGUGAAGGAGCAAAUCAGUGAAGUGGACUCGAUGUUGCACAAAUUCCUGGAUAAGCAAGACGUUUCUCCAAUGUGAAUCUUUUUUUAUUUUUGGAAGGAAGCAUUUUGUACUUUAUUACAGAAAUACAAUCACAAUAAAACAUUUCGACAUAUAGGCGUAUUAUUCACAACCACGUUUUGAAAAGCUUGCACAAAUUGAAAUAGCACUUUUAAUUGUGGAUUCAGUAUUUACAUGAAUGUGUUAUUUACGAAACAUUAUGGAUUAUGCGUAAUUGUAGAGCAGUAUUUACAAACCUCACAGACAGGGGGACGUUAGAACAUAACAACCAGUGUGUUUUAUGAGGAUGACUGGCUUAGUAGUAAUAGGAUUAGGUCAGAGAUGUGGAAUUCUCAGUGUCGAGCAAGGGAGCAGAUAUGAUCAGGACACCAUCUGGAGAAACUGCUGAUUCCAAAGCCAUGGUGUCCACUCCCUUUGGAAUUCGAUAGCGACGGUUAAACUGUCGUGUUGUCAACCCGGGACCGUCCUAAGAAAAACAUAAGAAGGGAUGAUUAUUAUAUAUACAGUGUGUGUGUGCAUAUAUAUAUAGUAUAUAUACAUACACACACACACACACACAGUGUGUAUACUGUAUAUAUGUAUAAGUGUGUGGCACAUGACUCUAAAAGCAGCAAUAAACCAACCUUUUUUUCUUCAUGUUUUCCUUGUACCUCUACAAAAUCUCCUAUUACUUUGACCAGCAGAUCUUCUGGGUUAAAAUGUUUGACAUCCACUUGCACUGUAAAUCCACUGUCGUUGCAAGUUGCCUGUCAACAUAAGACAUAAUGAAAUCAAUUAAAAUGUAAAAUUACGAUAAUGAAAUACAAAUAACAAAUGACUAAUGCGCAGAAAACAACUACAUAAUAAAAUAUGACAUUAAAGAAAUAUCAAAAUAUAGAUAUUGCUAGUGAUAUAUUUUACCACUGGAAAAAAUCCCUCUAGUGCUUCCUAUUAAUACACAAUUACAUGUGAGACAAAGGUUUACUGGCCCUUUCAAGCUUCAGGCUGCAUGGAAUUAUCAUCUUUAAAGCCCACAGAGUAAGAUGGAUAAUUUCAUCUUGUCUAACCAUGUCAAACCCAAUUUGAUAAACAAACAUUUACCUCAGCAGCGCUGCUACUAUCAAUAUCCGGAAUUAGCAGUUUCGGCGUCCAGUUAUAUUGUCCAUAAGUUCCAUUCAGACGAGGAAAAAGAGGAGGUAAAAGCUUCUCCCAUUGGAUGCCACCAAUUGGGAAAGUGGGUGGUAGGAUGAAAUCCAUUUGAAAUCUGUCGAGAAGGAAAAUGUAAUAAAAAUUUAAAGGCAGUUGUGGCAGGAGAAUGUCAGAGCACAAGUUAUUCCGUGGCCACAGCCUACCUUCCUCUUCAGCAGACUGUCAAAGUAUCAAGUGUUCCUCGUGCCGAAUGUGACUCCAGGCUGCUGAGCAUAGCGUGGCUUUAUACUGGAGUUGCAUAAUGUGUUGGGGAAUUCAUAGGGGCACCUUGCUUCUGUUAUGUUCUGAUCAUGUGUACCCUUGGGAGGCUGUUCAUGCAGCAGGACAGUUUGUUUUGGGACUGAAGCAGCUGUCACAGGCUUAUUGGUGAAUGAAUGUGAACAUCAUCCAUGUUGGAGCCAACUGUUUGUUCUGUCAGGGAUAAUUAUGCUGUUAUCAUGAACAAACCUUUAUGGUUAAGCCAUCAGACCAAACGUUUUGAAGAUAGCCAAAAAUAAGUUCAAAAUACAUGGUGAUGAUGGCCCUGCUUGGCCAAUAAAGCCAGUGACGGACAGCAGGGGCAUGUCACACACAUGCCAGUGCAUGUGUCCCACCCUCUUUUGUGUCCUCCAUUAACCAAUGUACAAAGUCAAAACAUUCCUGUAUUAUUAGCACAAAGUCCUUUGUUGUCAUAGCUUUAAAAUAAGCUAUGAUGAGUAAAUGUACUUAUGAGGGAGAAUGUUUAGACCAUUGAUUGUUAUCGCAUAACAGGUGAGAUAGCCAGAGUUGUAUUUCAA